CGACCUUCUCUUUUCCUUCCCUCCCCUCCCCCCGGAUCAUGCAGCCUUACCUGCCUGGCAAGGGGCUAUUCCUGCCCGUUGGGGCACUGCCGGGCAAAGGAAGCGACGGAAGCCCUGGCAGCCGGGAGAAGAAGGACGCUGGGCGGAGUUUGAGGGCCUCUCAAUUGACCGAUGUGACGGCUGAGGGGUCAUCGUCAUCGAGCAGCUAUGCGAGGAGCCCAUCGGUUGGCAGAUUGAGACGCCAGAUGCUGGGCCGGACACGCACAGGCAGGCUGCUGUGUUUGCUUUUCUGCUCGCAGAUUCGCGUCAAGUGCUACGUGGAUGAGGGAGAUGUGCUGCUGUAUCAAGUCGAGUUAGCAGGGGAUGAUUUCACAAACUGGGGGCUCACAAUGGAUGCACGCACGGAUGAAUGUCUGUGUGUUUGUUUUCAGGCCGACUCUGACGUCGUGUGAGGCGCUUUGGGGGGAGCUGCACAAGGACUGGGGGAACGAGAUAUCCCUCAGAUGGAAGGUGAGACCAUCACACACAAGGCAACCACAUCCUUCCAUGGCAUGUGGCGGUUGUCCAUCCAGGACGAGGAGGGAGAUGCCAUCUUGAUGCGACAGCCGCGCGACCUCCUGGUUGCUCUGGAACACAACCGCUCGUCGCCUUCGCUCAAGAUCAGCAUGGAGAGGGGCCUUUCACCAGCUCAAUCCAUCAGCCGCAAGUCCAAGUCAGCAAGAUCACACCGGUCCACCCGCUCUUCAGGUGACUAUGCAUGUCACAUACAUCCAUCUACCAUACGAGACACGACGAUGCAGCACCUGGUGUGCCUGCAGGGGGCUCCCCUCGCCCGUCCGACCCCCUUCAGCCCCAGGCGUCAGCAGUGCCCUCGUCCAUCGGGUCGAUAUUUUCCGAUUCGCCCGUCUCCCCCGCGGCCAGCGACAGACCACAGGGGGGCGGGGAGGGAGUGGACGUCAUGAAAAGGCUCGAGCAGAUGAUCGUGGCGGCAGAGGAGGGGGGCACAGACGAGACGCAGCAGAUGGACAUGCUGUCCACGCUCACAGAGGAGACCAUCACUGAGAAGGACCUCCAGAUGGGCCAGAAGCUCGGGGCGGGGUCCUACGGGACGGUGUAUCUCGCCAUGCACACACAUACGGGGCAGCUUCUGGCACUCAAACAGGUGGAGUUGGCCACCCACUCGCAGGCGCAACAGAGCCAAGUGAGUGAGAGAGACACCGGGGGAAGGCCUACGGCAUCGGUCGCUCGUUGGCUUUUGUGUGCAGCUGAUGGAGUUCCAGCAUGAGAUGGGUCUGCUCAAGAGCCUGCAACACCCGAAUAUCGUCAGCUACAUCGGUGUGGUGCAGACGCCCGUGUCUCUCAACAUCCUCAUGGAAUACGUACCUGGUAUGCUGCACAGGUCAUGGGAUGGAUGGAUGGCCUUAGCUGUGGAUCUCUCCUUCUUGCUGUUCAGGCGGGUCACUGCAGUCCUUGAUUGGCAAGUUUGGUCCUCUGAAGGAGAGCGUCGUGGCGCUGUUUACACACCAAAUUCUGCAAGUGAGCCGCCACCCAUACACAGCAGGCCACCACACACAUAUGCGCAUGAUUGCUGCCCAGGGCCUGGCGUAUCUCCACGAGCACAACAUCGUCCACAGAGGUAGGUAGGCAAAGUGCGUCUCAGCAAGCCAUUGCACCCACUCGCGACGAGGAAGAACACUCAAUGUGUGUAGACAUCAAGGGCGGCAACAUCCUGUUGCGUGCUGACGGAGUGGUCAAGUUGGCGGACUUUGGGUGCGCCAGGGUGCUGGACAGAGAGGGGGAGUCCUCCACGGAGAAGGACAUGUGCAUGACCACCAAAGGCACGCCCCUCUGGAUGGCGCCGGAAGUCAGUGACCGAGUGACCGACUGAUCAAUCAAAGGCUUCUCAUGAGUUAUGAGUGUGUGGCUGCGGUGUAGGUAUUGGCGAAGGAGCCGUAUUCGACGCCUGCGGACAUCUGGUCAGUCGGAUGCACUGUCAUCGAGAUGAUCACGGGUAGGCAGACGUGAUCUCAUGGUGUCUCGUCAUCCUAUCCGCCGACCGAUGGACACAUGCGUUCAGGUCAGCCGCCCUGGUCUGAGUAUGGCUCACCAUGGGCAGCCCUGUACGCUAUUGUCAAGGCGCGUCGCAGCCCCCCGAUCCGCUCAGACAUCCCCAAAGGCGCACAGGCGUUCAUCGCAGAGUGCCUCAGAUUGUAUGUGAAGCAAACAUCCACAGAGACGCGGAGACGCGUGUCGGCUGCAGGGCGUGUGGGCCCCCUGUGUGUCUGUAUGUCUGUGUGGUUGUUCAGCACCCCGUCUGAGCGUCCCACAGCGUCAGCGUUGCUGAGGCAUCCCUUUCUGCGGCAGGCAGCCAUGCGACACGCGGCGAAGGCCAAACGGGACACACCUGGCCGCAGCCGGGAAAGCCAGUGAGUGGAGAGAGAGAGAGAGAGAGAGAGAGGGUGUAGGCUUUAGAUGUAGGUGUAGGGGACGGCUGUGUGAAGAUAGCUAUGUAUGUGUGUGCGACAGCCAUCAGGAAGUAUUGAUUUACUUGUCUGUAAGGUGUCACCAUACAUACGCACUGCGGCGCACGCUUCCCCCCAUGACUCGGCUCAGUCAAAUCUCACCGAUAAGGUUUGUCUUCAUAUCGUGAAGAAGUGCAGGCAGGACUUGUUUGCUUGGUCGGUCACUCGGGGAUGUGGGAUCAAAGAC